CUUGGUUGGAGAGGAUCGCGAUCGCGAUUGAUCGCGAUCGUCAACAGAGAGAGAAUAAUCGUGUUUGGCAAACGCUCACCGCCGCUUGUGUUGACGUGUAGCGACGCGAUUAAAUGAGACGGGGCAGUACCUCGGCAAGUUUUACGUCUCGUGUGCGAAUAUGUCUACGGAGACCACCCUGAACGACGUGCCAAACGUCGCGUCGAGGCUGCAAAAUCUGCGGCUGGCGACGCCCGGCGAGGACGAACGCGAUGCGACAGAGAACGCAGUGACAGCGGCCAGCGGAAGCGUCGGCGGCAGCAGUAAUGGAGCAUCGUCGUCGUCCUUGUCUUCGUUGACGUCGUCGCGGGAACCGCUACGGAAUAUCACUCUUUCCCGGGCACGACGUGCGCUCAACUUCGUUGGCGACGAGGACCAACCGGCGAGUUCGUCUGUCGCACGAAGUGAGACCUCGUUCUCGAACGGCGAUAACCGACCACCCACUAAUGCAGCGAAUACUUCAUAUAUGGAAGGGCGAUCACAGAAUAAUGUUGAAAAUUCUACCAUGCAAAAUCAACCUGUGGUUACAUAUAAUUGGCAGGGUACAAAGGCAACGAUGCGUGAAAGGAUUGUAUUCCUCUUUAACAAUGAAAUACUGUCAGACGUGACUUUCCUGGUAGGAAGAGGAGCGCAACAACAACGUAUACCAGCUCAUAAACUAGUCCUAUCCUCUGGGAGUGCUGUAUUUGAUGCAAUGUUUAAUGGAACGCUUGCGACAGCUUCUUCAGAAAUAGAAGUACCUGAUGUAGAGCCUGCUGCAUUUUUGGCAGUGCUCCUUUUUCUAUACACUGAUGAAAUACAGAUAGAUCCAGAAACUGUGAUGACAACGCUAUAUACAGCUAAGAAAUAUGCGGUAUCUGCUUUAGAAAAACAUUGUGUUGACUUUUUAAAGAAUAAUUUAACAAGUGAUAAUGCUUUCCUACUCUUAACGCAAGCUCGUCUGUUUGAUGAACCACAAUUAGCCUCGGUAUGCUUAGAUACCAUAGACAGAUUCACAACUCAGGCUCUUAAUGCAGAUGGAUUCACAGAUAUUGAUAUUGAUACAUUGAUGAUUGUCUUAGAAAGAGAUACUCUUCGUGUUAGGGAAUCUAAACUAUUCCAGGCUGUUUUAAGGUGGUCAGAGGCUGAAUGUGGAAGACACCAAUUACCAGUUACUCCAGAGAAUCAACGUCUGGUCCUAGGUAAUGCUCUGUCCUUGGUUCGUUUUCCACUGAUGUCAAAAGAGGAGUUUACGGCUGGUCCGGCACAAUCUGGUUUAUUAAAUUAUUCAGAGGUCCUAUCUUUAUUCUCGUAUUUCAUAUUGAAUCCUAAACCUUCGGUGGGAUUUCAAACGAUGCCACGGUGCUGUAUGACAGGCAAGGAACAAACUGUGUGUAGAUUUCAACACACUAAAAGUAAAUGGGGAUAUUCUGGAACUAGUGAUCGUAUUCGAUUUAGCGUGGAUAGGCGUAUUUUUCUUAUUGGCUAUGGAGUUUAUGGUAGCACGCAAGAACCGGCAAUAUAUGAAGUAUCAGUGGAAUUAAUUCAUACUGCGUCGGGAAAAGUGAUAGCUACAAAUGCAACAAGUUUUAGCUGUGAUGGAUCAAAGUACACAUACCGUCUAAUGUUUAAAGAGUUAGCGGAAAUCUUACCAAAUACGAUUUAUACGGCAUCAGCAACUUUUAAGGGGCCAUAUUCAUACUAUGGCACAAAAGGAUUAAAAACAGUGUUGGUGGAUUGUGAUUCUGGAAAUGGAAAGGUGAAAUUCGAAUUUAGUAGCGAGAUGGGAGAUAAUAAUGGCACAUCCACUGAGGAAGGUCAAAUACCCGAGCUUAUCUUUUACACGUAAUAUCUUUGACAUCUAUAAUAAUGACAUUCCUCAUACUCGCUUGGCUGACUAUCAAAGAUUAAAUUAUGUUAGACUGUAAAAAGUAUGCUGGAUUUUGUCAAUUAUAUAUCUUGUGAUUGUUUAAAACAGUGCUUUGAUUUAAAUGAUCCAAGGCCAUGCCAAAGCAAUCAACCCAAGAUUUUUUCAUAAUUUUAUAGACAAUGCCUUGUGACUUCAUUCAAUAAUAAUUGGGAAAUUAUGAUUGAUAAAUUG